AAGGGGCGGGGUAGGUUGGGACGGUAGUUUAAUUACGUGCCGGGGAAUUGCGUCAAUUUGUACUUUAGCAUUUGAAAAAAGUACUGUGAGCGUGGAGUAGGGCUGGUGGAGAGUGAGGCGAAUGUGCGGUUUUGAAACCAAGGGACCGUAAGUCCCUCUCCCUCCUAACGAGACCGUACCGCGGGCUCUGCGGCCGCCUCUGGACCGUCCGGAGAGAACAUGGCGGCGCCCGGAGCCCGGAGCUGCAGCCUCUCGGGCCUGCUCCCGGCUCAGACCUCGCUGGAGUACGCUCUGCUCGACGCCGUCACCCAGGAGGAAAAGGACAGCCUGGUCUACCAGUAUCUGCAGAAGGUGGACGGCUGGGAGCAAGACUUGUCAGUGCCCGAGUUUCCGGAAGGAUUAGAAUGGCUGAACACAGAAGAAUCUAUUUCUGUCUACAAGGAUCUAUGUGGAAAAGUGGUCGUCCUUGAUUUCUUCACCUACUGCUGCAUAAACUGUAUUCACCUGUUGCCUGAUCUUCAUGCAUUAGAGCACACAUACUCUGAUAGAGAUGGUCUUCUGAUUGUUGGUGUUCACUCGGCUAAGUUUCCAAAUGAAAAAGUCCUGGAUAACAUUAAGAGUGCUAUUCUUCGAUACAACAUCACCCACCCUGUGGUUAAUGAUGCAGAUGCCAGCCUUUGGCAAGAACUAGAAGUUUCCUGCUGGCCAACUCUGAUCAUACUUGGACCCCGUGGAAACAUGUUGUUUUCUUUGAUUGGAGAAGGACAUAGAGAGAAAUUAUUUUUAUAUACUUCAAUAGCUUUAAAAUAUUACAAAGACAGGGGACAGAUCAGAGAUAAUAAAAUUGGAAUCAGACUCUAUAAAGAUUCUUGGCCACCUUCACCAUUGCUGUUUCCUGGCAAAGUCACAGUAGACCAUGUCUCUAAUAGAUUGGUAAUAGCAGACACUGGACAUCAUAGAAUUUUGGUCGUCUGGAGCAGUGGACAAAUUCAGUACAGCAUUGGAGGACCCAACCCUGGAAGAAAAGAUGGAAUGUUUUCAGAGUCAACUUUUAACUCACCACAAGGCGUAGCCAUAAUGGAUAAUAUCAUAUAUGUGGCAGAUACAGAAAACCACCUUAUAAGAAAGAUUGACCUAGACGCUGAGAUGGUGAGCACUGUAGCUGGCGUUGGAAUUCAAGGUACAGAUAAAGAAGGUGGAGCUAAAGGAGAAGAACAGCCCAUUAGUUCUCCUUGGGAUGUAGUUUUUGGAAGGUCAGGUUCAGAGGUCCAAAGAGAUGACAUUCUGUGGAUAGCCAUGGCAGGGACUCAUCAGAUAUGGGCAUUCCUGUUGGACUAUGGCAGAUUACCAAAGAAAAAUGAGUUAAAAAAAGGAACCUGCCUUCGGUUUGCUGGAAGUGGAAAUGAAGAGAAUCGAAAUAACUCAUAUCCUCACAAAGCAGGUUUUGCCCAACCUUCAGGUCUUUCUCUGGCCUCAGAGGAUCCCUGGAGCUGCCUGUUUGUAGCAGAUAGUGAGAGCAGUACAGUGAGAACCGUCUCACUGAAAGAUGGAGCAGUGAAGCACCUUGUGGGAGGAGAGAGAGAUCCUAUGAAUUUAUUUGCUUUUGGUGAUGUUGAUGGAGUAGGAAUCAAUGCAAAGCUUCAACACCCACUUGGAGUAACUUGGGACAAGAAAAGGAAUUUAGUUUACGUGGCAGACUCUUACAAUCACAAGAUUAAAGUUGUGGAUCCAGAAACAAAAAACUGUACAACAUUAGCGGGAACUGGAGAUGCAAGUAAUGUUAUCGGUUCCAAUUUUACCGACUCAACUUUUAAUGAACCAGGAGGCUUGUGUAUUGGAGAGAAUGGUCAGUUAUUAUAUGUGGCGGACACCAAUAACCAUCAAAUUAAAGUGAUGGACUUAGAAACAAAAACAGUUUCUGUGCUCCCAGUCUUCAGAUCUGAAAGUGCCAUGGUGGACGGCCCAUUCCCAGCAGAAAAACAGAAGACCUUACCCAGACUACCUAAAUCUGCUCCAGGCAUUAGACUUUCCCCGGUGGCUGCAUCUCCAGGGCAAACUCUUCAGUUCAAGCUAAGAUUAGACCUCCCAUCAGGAACAAAGCUAACUGAAGGAGCACCCAGUUGCUGGUUUCUGUCAGCUGAAGGCAAUGAAUGGCUUCUUCAAGGACAGAUACCAUCUGGAGAGAUAGAGAGCAUUUCCAGUCAACCAACAAUCUCACUGCAGAUUCCUGGGGAUUGUUUAUCACUUGAAGCCGUUCUGUCUAUCAGCGUAUUUCUUUAUUACUGUAGUGCAGACAGCAGUGCCUGUAUGAUGAAGGGAAUUUUGUUCAGUCAGCCUUUAAAAAUAACCGAUACACAACAAGACUACAUACCUCCAGUAGAACUCAAGUAUAUAUUUUAGCAAGCUGGCUAGCAUCCCAGUGCCUCCUGUUCUCCAACCCCCACCAUCACUGUGUAAUUUAUGAAAAGAAACUUUAUUCCUGCCUCUGGGUACCCAGAAACCCAUUGUUGAGUUCUAGCAACUGAUACUAAAAUAAAGCUAUGCUCCUUAUUUAUUUAUUA